GWGCCUAGGGCAGGGGCAUUUCCGUAAUUUUGUGUUCAUCCUUCCGMUCUCCUAUAAAAUUCCGGCAACCGUGAUCGUCUCCCACUUCCCUACUGCCGCCCUUUCGCUCUCUCGUUGCGGUGGUGCAUUAGCUUGCAGCAGCUGCUUGUUCGCCGCAUUUUCUUUACUGGAAUCAAGCCCAAAUUCCAGUGUUUCAGGCGUUCCGGAGCCGGAAAAUGUCGCCGCCGAUCCUCUCUUUAGCUCUGCCGUCGGCGACUGGUCGAGUUCUCAGUAUUCAGUCCCACACCGUUCAGGGAUAUGUUGGGAACAAAUCGGCUGUCUUCCCUCUCCAACUAUUGGGCUAUGAUGUAGAUCCAAUAAAUUCAGUGCAGUUCUCAAACCACACAGGAUAUCCGACUUUCAAGGGCCAAGUUUUGAAUGGAGGACAAUUAUGGGAAUUAAUUGAAGGCCUUGAAGAAAACGAAUUGUUGUACUAUACUCAUUUGUUAACAGGUUAUAUAGGCUCUGUUUCUUUCCUGCACACUGUAUUAAAAGUUGUCGAUAAGCUUCGCUCAGUGAACCCUAAGCUUACAUAUGUAUGUGAUCCAGUGAUGGGUGAUGAAGGGAAGCUUUAUGUUCCUCAAGAACUGGUAUCUGUAUACCGCGAGAAGGUUGUCCCAGUGGCUUCAAUGUUGACUCCUAAUCAAUUUGAAGCUGAACAAUUGACUGGGUUAAGGAUCCAAUCUGAAACAGAUGGUAGGGAAGCUUGUAACAUUCUUCAUGCCGCUGGACCUACAAAGGUUGUGAUUACAAGCAUAAAUAUGAAUGGUGAACUUCUUCUCAUUGGAAGCCAUCAAAAGAAUGAGGGUCAGUCUCCGGAACAAUUUAAGAUCGUGAUUCCCAAGAUUCCUGCAUAUUUCACGGGAACUGGAGAUCUUACGACUGCGCUUCUUCUUGGUUGGAGUAAUAAAUAUCCUGACCACCUUGACCAGGCAGCAGAGCUUGCAGUAUCAAGUUUACAGGCGGUUCUGUGUAGGACAAUGAAUGAUUAUAAAAGUGCUGGACAUGAUCCACAAUCGAGUAGUUUGGAAAUUCGAUUGAUUCAAAGCCAAGACGAGAUUCGUAAUCCAAAAGUUGAAUUCAAAGCUGAAAAAUACAAUUGAAUUGGUUGAAAUGUCUAUCUUUCUAGGUAUAAUGCAAGAUGGCUUUGAACUGCUUCUAUUUAAAUCCUUCUUACCCCCAAAAAAACAAUACUGAAACCCAGAUUUUAAUUCACUAUAUAUACUUUUUUCUUGGGGAUAAAAGGAUUCAAUGAGAUUGAAAUUAAUUUACAGCACCCUCCCCCACAUUUACUCGUAAAAUCAACAUUUUGUAAGCUUACAGAAAUUAUUAUGCUUGAUUCAUUCACUA